AUGGCCAGCAAUACACCGGAAAAUUCCCCAUUUCCCAUGAAAGGCGGCUGCGCCUGCGGCCUCAUCCGCUACCGCCUCGAAACCCAGCCCCUUAUCAUCCACUGCUGCCACUGCACCUCCUGCCAACGCGAGACCGGCACCGCGUUUGCCCUAAACGCAGUCAUCGAAGCUACAAGGGUCACGCUCUUUCCCUCAUCCACACCAACCGUCCCUGCUUCUGCGGAAAGCCCCGCGAAACCAGCCGGCCCGACAAUCACCCAUGAAAACCCAGAUCAGAUAAUUGAGCCAGAAAUGGUCCUCACGCCCUCUGAAUCAGGCAAGGGACAGAAUAUUGCGCGCUGUCCUAAGUGCCGCGUAGCGAUCUGGUCGAAUUAUGCGGGGGCGGGGCCGAUUUGUCGGUUUGUGAGGGUGGGGACGCUGGAUGAGGCGUGGAUGGUUGGGCCGGAUGUGCAUAUCUACACGAGGAGUAAGAGGGAAUUUGUGAGGUUAGAAGAUGGAGUACCGCAGUUUAGGGAGUUUUAUCCCCGGGAGGAGGUGUGGAGGAAGGAGAGUUUGGAGAGGUGGGCGGCGAUUUGGCCGGAGGUUAAGAGGUAUAAGGAGGGGUUGACUUGA